GCAGCACAUUUCCUGUCUCCACAGGAACACAAACCGACGGUCAGGCAGGCGGCAGAAUACGGAACACAGCGGCACAACCCUUCAGACAGAAGCGACGCUCAGCCCACACGUUCACAGUUGUUUGCCGCUAGUUAUGUCGUCUCUUUGGGUCAUUAGCCCGCUAAUAUAAACAGCACAGACAUGACGGUGACCGUCCAGAACUGCGCCACGGGUUGAGACUGUUUUGACUGUAAGUAAACUAUCCAGAAUCACCGUACCGUCCUUACACAACCUCUCGGGUACCUAUCACCGGCGGGGGCGGCGGCGGCGGCGGCGGCGGCAUCUGGUGUCCUAAUGGCGGACCCCACGCAGCCAGCUCCCAGGGGCUCCGAGGAGGAGAAGACGGAGGUUAUAAACGACGCAGAGCUGGCUCUGAAAGGAAUCAAUAUGCUGCUCAACAACGGAUUUAAGGAAAGUGAUGAGCUCUUCAGGACGCACAGGAACCACAGUCCUUUGAUGAGUUUUGGGGCAAGUUUUGUAAGUUUUCUGAAUGCUGUAUUGACAUUUGAAGAGGAGAAAAUGCAGAUGGCUUUUGAGGACCUCAAAUCCACAGAGAGGUUGUGUGAGAGCCAAAAUGCCAGUGUUAUAGAAACCAUUAAAAACAAGAUAAAGCGGAGUCAGGUGGACUCCCAGAGGUCGAGGAUGGCUGCUGUGGACCGACUGCAGCGGCAGAUCAUCAUCGCAGACUGCCAGGUUUACCUUGCAGUUCUGUCUUUCAUAAAACAAGAGCUGUCAGCAUAUAUCAAAGGAGGCUGGAUCCUCCGCAAAGCCUGGAAGAUGUAUAACAAAUGUUACGUUGACAUCACGCAUCUACAAGAAGGCAACAGCAGGAGGGCGUCUGAACAGCAAGCAGUGUCCUCACUGCCAUCUACCUCAGAUCUUUCCUAUAGCAGCCGAUCCUCUUCAACUAGACCAAGUCAGUCUCAGAGACUGGAUGGCAUCAGCCCAGAGGUUCUUGACCGGCUGAAAGGAUCUGUGAGCUUUGGUUAUGGCCUUUUCCACCUGUGUAUCUCCAUGGUGCCGCCCCACCUGCUGAAGAUCGUUAACCUGCUGGGCUUUCCCGGAGAUCGCCAUCAAGGCCUCUCAGCGCUCACGUAUGCCAGUGAAAGUAAAGACAUGAAGGCUCCAUUAGCUACCCUGGCCCUGCUGUGGUACCACACAGUGGUGCAGCCUUUCUUUGCUCUGGAUGGCUCAGACACACAAGCUGGAUUAAUGGAAGCUAAAUGCAUACUUAAACAGAGGGAGGCCACCUACCCAAAAUCCUCUCUCUUCAUCUUUUUCAAAGGCAGAGUACAACGCCUUGAGUGCCAGAUCAGUAGUGCCCUGACAUCCUUCAAUGAAGCCUUAGAUCUGGCCUCUGACCAGAGGGAGAUUCAACAUGUGUGUUUAUAUGAAAUAGGUUGGUGCAGCAUGAUCGAACUGAACUAUGGUGAGGCCUUCAGAGCGUUUGAGCGACUGAAGGCAGAGUCUCGCUGGUCCCAGUGCUACUACGCCUAUUUAACAGGAGUGUGCCAGGGGGGCACAGGUGACCUGGAGGGUGCUGUUGCAACCUUCAAAGAUGUUCAAACACUUUUCAAACGCAAGAAUAAUCAGAUAGAGGUGUUUUCCUUGCAGAGGGCUGAGAAGCUCCGGAGCCAAGGCCUAUCCAGAGAGCUCUGCAUUUUGUCUGUGAUUGAGAUUCUGUAUCUGUGGAAAGCCCUGCCCAACUGCUCCUCUGCCAAGCUGCAGACGAUGACUCAUGUUUUGCAGGAGAUGGAAGAUGCAUCAUGGACUGGCCUGAAAAACCUGCUUCUUGGUGCCAUAAGCAGAUGUCUCCUUAAUACUAAAGAUGCUGUGCAGUAUUUUCAUCUGGCUGCGAGGGACGAGGUUGGACGUCAGUGCAAUUCUUACGUGCAGCCCUACUCCUGCUACGAACUGGGCUGUGUCCUGCUAAAUUCUCCAGAGACUGCAGCAAAGGGCCGAAUGCUAAUGCUUCAAGCUAAGGAGGACUACGCUGGCUAUGAUUUUGAGAACAGACUCCAUGUACGUAUCCACUCAGCGCUCGCCUGUAUGAGAGGAGAAGACCAGCCUUGAUGUUUGAUCAGCACCUUAAUCAAAAUGGCUCCCAGAAAAUCAAAGUACCCUAUUGUUUUAUUGUGUUUUUAUUUCAAUGUUAUGAGGUAAAAACAUCGCCAUACAAAAGCUUUUUAUGGGAGGAACCUUCCAAGUUUUACAUACCAGUUGCUGUACUGCACAAUAAAUUAGCACAUAUCGUUUUUUUUAUGUUACGGGUGGUUUGUUUUAAAAGGUAGAUGGUGGUUAAAUAAAAACGUCUGCACCUUUAACAUAUCAGGCAGAUUUGUAAAAUUUGUCCUCACAUAGCAAGUCAUGUCAGGUAGAGAGACUGCACAUAUAAAAUAUUAUUAGCACAUCAACAGAUUAACUCUUGUGCUUCAAGCUGAUAUGACCUUAGUCUUGGUUUCUUGUCAUCUGUGUUGUAAAGAGUUUGCUAAUCCAUCGACUUGAAAGAUAAGUGACUUUUUUGUCCUACUUGGAGCAGAGUUCUUUUUUUUUUUUUUUUGGGUGUAAAUGUUUUAAAUACGUUUAGUAAAUGUGCAGAGAUUGGUCCACUUCUAAGUGGUGUAAAUGCACAAUAAUGCUCUAUAUUGUGAACAGGUUUUACUUUACAUUUGUUAUAAGAUUAAUAAAAACACUGUAAAUGGAA